CACAGGACAACCUGAAGGCGGGGAAGAUCUCUCUAUUCUCUCUGUGGAGCAGCUGUUGGGCUUCUCAGAGGAGGAUCCAACUCAAGACUUCUUGCCACGGAACACAAGGUUGUCAUCGGAAAUGGCUGAAACAUCUCCUUUGUCUGGUGGAGCCGCAACAGCUCAGGGCUCUGUAUCCUUUGAGGACGUGGCUGUGUAUUUCACGGAGGAGGAGUGGGCUCUGUUGGAUUCUAGCCAGAGAGCCUUAUACAGAGAAGUCAUGCUGGAGAAUUCUAGGAAUCUGGCUGCUCUGGGUAAGGGCCUGUUUCGCUCUGAUAUUCAGGCAUUUGUGGAAGUCUUUUCUUGCCAUAAAUGUUCAGAAAGCAGCUUCUGCCUAGAAGGAGGACAUUUUGGACUUCUUUUUGUUUUCCUAAGACCAGA